AUGGCUCUUACAGGAACAAUUCCCCAUAGUUUUGGUAACCUCUCAUUUCUUGUUUCUCUUGACUUGGGAAGCAACAAUUUGUAUGGAAAUUUGCCUCAAGAAAUGGCAAGCUUGCGUCAGAUUAAGUUUCUUGAUUUAAGUUUCAACAGCUUCAGAGGGGAAGUUCUGUCCUGGUUUGGAUUUUUACACCAACUUCAAGUUCUAAAUAUUGGAAAUAAUAGUUUCACUGGUUCUAUCACUUCUUCAUUUUCUAAUAUUUCCACACUUGAAACUUUGAAUCUGAGAUUCAAUUCCAUAGAGGGUCAAAUCCCAAAAGGAAACAUUCCAGAAGGGAUUGGAAAUUUUCACAACAUGAACUUGUUGUCCAUACAAUAUAAUCAACUUAUAGGUUCUAUACCAUUCACAAUUUUCAAUAGUUCUAGAAUAGAAUUCAUCACAUUUACAAGCAAUAGCUUACCAGGAAAUCUUCCCAAUGAUCUAUGCAACGGUCUCCCAAUACCCAAAGGGAUUUAUCUAUCUUUAAACAAGCUUCAUAGUCAUGUACCUACAAGCUUGCCAAAUUGUUCAGAACUUCAAAAACUGUCUUUAUCAUAUAAUGAGUUUGAUGGACCAAUACAUAGUGAAAUUGGAAGAUUACCUAAUCUACAGGACUUGGCUCUCGAAUCUAACUAUUUCACUUAUAUGUUUUAUCUUAUGAAUGCUAUUAGUAUUCUUAUUGGGAAAUCUUCCCAAUGGGUUAUGCAAUGGUCUCCCAAUACUCAAAGAGCUUUAUCUAUCCAAUGGGUUAUGCAAUUGUCAAAUUGUUCAGAACUUCAAACAUUGGUUUUAGCAAAAACUGAGUUUGAUGGACCAAUACAUAGUGAAAUUGGAAGAUUGAGUAAUCUACAGGAGUCGGCUCUCGGAUCUAACCAUUUCACUGGGAUAAUUCCACAAGAAAUCGGAAAUCUUGUUAAUUUGGUGAAGUUAGCCAUGGAGGGAAACCAAAUUACUGAGUCAGUCCCGAUCUCCAUAUACAAUAUCUCCUCGCUGCAACUUCUUAUGUUGUGGGGGAACAAUCUCAAGGGAUCCUUACCACGGGAAAUUGGCAACUUAACCAAGAUGCAGGAUCUCGAACUUGGUGAAAAUGCAUUUACUGUAUUCAAGACAAGAUACGAUAAGAAGAUGGCUGAUGAAAGUAAAGCUUUACAACUAAAUAUAAAAUAG